CAAUUUUCUAUCUUCAAAAAAAAACAAACUUUAUUUCCUUGAUUUUAUUUUAUUCUUCAACUUCCUUUUAUUGCCUUUUCUUCUUCCUCUAUACGUAUUUCUUUUUGGAGAUUGCUUGAAUCUAUUCGAAAUGGGACUAUUCAAGACAUUUGACAUGAUUGUUCAUGGUGGUGUUCAACAGCCAGAAUCACAUGAGAAGAAGAAAACAUAUGAGUUUGGACAUCUACUUGGCAGUGGCUCCUUUGGUUCUGUCAAAUAUGCCAAACGAUUGAGUGACGACAAAGAUGUUGCUGUAAAGGUGAUCCCGAAGCGCAAUGUCAAAGGACACUAUGAUAUGGUCUAUGCAGAAAUGAAAGUAUUACAAGGAUUAGAGCACCCCAAUGUGAUUGGAUUUUACGAUUGGUUUGAAUCUCGUGAGAAAUUCUAUCUGGUUUUUGAACUUGCAACAGGUGGUGAACUGUUUGACAGGCUAUUUGAACGCGGAAAGUUUACGGAAAAGGAUGCUACUGCUGUGAUUCGAUCUGUGUUGAAUGGAUUGGAGUUCCUACAUGCCAACAAGAUUGUCCAUCGAGAUAUGAAGCCUGAGAAUCUUCUCUUCAAGACGCCCGAUGCAAAUGCAGAACUUGUUAUCUGUGAUUUUGGUAUUGCCAAGAUGGCCGAUGAGACCUCUUCUCCUCUUCACACAGUAUGUGGCUCCCCUGGAUAUGUUGCACCAGAAGUCCUUUUGAAAAAAGGAUACGGGACAGCCAUCGAUAUGUGGGCCGUAGGAGUAAUCACGUACACUUUGCUAUGUGGCUAUCAGCCAUUCCAAGCAGACGAUCAAAUGGAAUUAGUGGAUGAGAUUAUACACGCUCGAUAUGAAUUCCAUGAACGUUACUGGCGCAACGUAUCCCAAGAAGCAAAGGAUUUUAUCAAAAAAUUGCUUACUUUGGACGCAGACAAGCGUCCCACUGCAGUAGAAGCACUUAAAGAUAAGUGGCUCAACAGCUUGGAUAUGCCCGAGGUCGAUCUUUUGGAAACCGUGCGCGAGAACUUUAACCCACGCAGAAAACUUAAAAGCGUGGUUGGUGCUGUGAGAGCAAUGAACCGUCUCAAGACGAACAUCUCUCAAAAGGGAAGUGAA